AGACGAUCAGAGAGAAGAAACGUCUUCAUUCCUGUUGAAACAAGCUUAAAAACCACCUUCAGAAUUUUAUAAAACAUGGAGAUAUACGCCAAAGAUGUAAAGAAACCCAAGCCUUCGUUGUUUUGUAAUGUUAAGAUCUUUGUGUUUUGUCAUGGGCUGCUCCAACUCACCCAGCUUAUGUACAGCUCCUACUUCAAGAGCAGUAUCACUACAGUCGAGAGACGCUUUGGCCUGGAUAGCCUCUCUUCGGGAACCAUCUCCUCCCUCCACGAGGUUGGGAACACAGUGCUUAUAGUGUUUGUCAGUUACAUGGGCAGUCGGGUUCAUCGACCUCGUUUCAUUGGACUGGGUGGCCUGCUGAUGUCCAUCAGCGCCAUGAUCCUAGCUCUGCCUCACUUCCUGUCUGAGCCAUAUACUUUUAACUCUGUAGUAAAUGCAAGCAGUCAGGAGAUGUGCUACUCGCAUUCGAAUGCAACUGGUGCCGAGGCUUGCGGCCUGGAAGAGUCACGGAAGCUUGCGGACACCAGUAAAUUUUGGGUGUUAAUGGCUACAGCCCAACUGCUGUUUGGAAUCGGUUCGGUUCCCAUUCAACCUUUUGGCAUAUCUUACAUAGAUGACUUUGCCGGACAAGGGAAUUCUCCUCUUUAUAUUGCUAUUCUAUUUGCCGUAUCAGUGUUUGGCCCAUCCUUCGGAUAUCUCCUGGGCUCCGUGGUUCUGAGGAUUUAUGUGGAUGUGGAUCGAGCUAAUGCAGGGGGUGCAUUGGAGUUGACCCCUACUGACCCUCGGUGGGUGGGUGCUUGGUGGAUGGGUCUGCUAAUCACUUCUGGAGGUCUUGCUCUCACAUCCAUUCCUUACUUCUUCUUUCCCAGAGCCCUUCAUGUGGAGACCUUUGAACCAGAGGCUGAAAUCAUGAAAGACAGCCAGAAAAAGCCAGAGAGCUCCAUGCUGGAUUUCUUAAAAAUGUUCCCAAAGAUGUUUGUUAAGCUACUGCUGAAUCCUCUAUUCAUACUGCUAGUUCUGACCCAGUGCUGUUUCUCCUCUGUGAUCGCCGGACUUGCCACCUUCCUCAACAAGUUCCUGGAGCGCCAGUACGGUGCCUCUGCAGCCUAUAGCAGCCUUCUUAUUGGUGCUCUCAAUCUGCCUGCUGUUGCUGUGGGGAUGGUGCUGGGGGGUUUGAUUAUGAAACGCUGGGGGUUGUCAUUCAGGGCCAUUCCACGUUUCUCGGUCGUAAUGCUCACCAUCUCCAUCCUUUUUUGUGUGCCUCUUUUCUUCAUGGGCUGCUCCUCACAAGAUGUUGCUGGUGUUUAUCCUAAAACAAAUAAUGGGCUGACUUGUAGUGCCAACUGCUCCUGCCCAGGCAGUACCUUUAACCCAGUGUGUGGGGAAAAUAACAUUGAGUACAUCUCACCCUGCCAUGCUGGUUGCACAGGCUUCACCAUGGAUCCCAAGAACCCAUACAGAGUCCAAGUUUUUAGGAACUGCCAAUGUAUUCCUGAUAUGGGCACUGCCAAGCCUGGACCUUGUGCCAACAGCUGCCCUCACUAUCUCCUGCCUGUAAUGUUCAUCAUCUCUAUAGCUGGGCUCAUUGCUAGCCUAACACACAACCCUGUCUACAUGAUGGUGCUAAGAGCAGUUCCAUCUGAAGAGAAAUCUUUUGCAAUAGGUGUUCAGUUUCUCCUUCUGAGGGUUUUGACUUGGUUGCCUGCUCCGGCUCUGUUUGGGAUGACCAUAGACUCCACAUGUAUCUGGUGGAAAACUGCUUGUGGGAGAAAGCAAGGCUGUGGUUACUAUGACAACAACCUCCUUAGAAACAGGUUUUUAGGACUUCAGGUGAGCUAUAAAAUAGUAGGCAUUCUUUUCAUGGCAUUUAUUGGCUGGAAAAUGCACCGGACCAGAGAGUACAGUUUAGAGAAAAAGCCAGAUGGACCACUGUGAUGCCUCAACCCUGCCUAUGCUCUUACUUUCUCAGUAAAUUGAGCAUUUGGAUAUCAUCAGAAACCCCUUUUUUCCAACAACAGGCUGGAAAUAUAGUACUCAGGUUGUACACUGAGUAACAGCUUUGGAUGUUUUUUCCUCUAUGAGAGAGGGCCCUAACUGGGAAGAUUCAGGGACUUGAUGCCAGUUUGCCACAUUCACAUUUACUUUUAUAUAAAUAGAAGGCUAUGCAGUGCUUGAAUUAAAUCAAGUCUUAUGGGGGUCCCCACAAUGACAAACCAAAUCCAAAAUGGCAACACAAUACUACCUUAAAACACUUAGAUAAAUUAUAUUAUGCUUAGCGCUCUUAGAUGUACGUUCAUUUUUAAAGAGACACAACAUCUAAAAUAGACUUCACAUUUUUUACUGUAAAUAGUUAAUUUCACAAAAUGUACUGCAUCCUAACACAUAUUAAUCCGAUUUAUCAGUAUUGUCUUUAAAUAUUUGAGGGACUAGUAUAUUUUGUACUUCUUUUAGGAGGUUCCUUAUGCCUUAUGGGGGUUCCGGAUCAACCCAGCCCCCCAAUUCGAGCACUGAAGCUAUGUAUAGAGUGUAAAUUAGUAACUGCUGCUGAUAUCACGUUUGUGGCAGCUCUAGAGAGGACACAUAUGACAAUGGAAUGUCUAUAUACUGUACUUUGGUUACUAUUCAAUUGAUAUAUGAUGGUUGUUGGGAUUUUUUAUGUCUUUUUUCUAUUUGAAGACUAUGUGAAGGAUGCAGGAUGUUCUGCAUUCUGUACACAACCACACACAUAUUGUGUAUAAUUCCAACCUAUGCAAUGCAUGUAAAUAGCAUGCAGAUGAAAGUUGUGCAAUACAUACGCCAAAUUCCAAUUUUGCGUGCAUAUGAUACGCCAGUCCUUCCUGUUCACUUAUACAGUUUUCGUGUUGUUUUAACUAUUGGUUUCUCUUUUUUUUCUGUUUUUUAAUCCAUGGUCGCUUGGGUUUGGGGUUAGAUCUGGGAUUUGCUUUAGAAUGUCAUUUAAUAUAUAGUUUCUUUAUAUUUUGUCUAUUUUUAAACCAUGGUCGCUUGGAAUGGGGGUUGGAAUUGGGGUUUGGAUGACAUUAUAUGUAACUUAAACAUGCUCUUACCCCAAAGCGACAAUGGUGAAAAAAACUGAAAAAAGAGCGAAACCAAUAAAUAAAAUGACACAAAAAGAUGUGCCAUAUAAGUGAACAGGAAGGACUGGCAUAUCAUAUGCAUGCAAAAUUUGAAUUUGGCAUAUGUAUUGUACAACUUUUCAACUGCAUGCUAUUUAUACGCAUUUCAUGAGAAUGGGCUGAUAUAAUAAGUUGUAGUCUUUGUAUAUAUACAUUAUCACUUUAGGGAUGUUUAUAAAUAUAUUUUUUGUACCUAAUAUUACAUUUUUAUUAUACACUUUAUAGAUAAUUUUGCCAUGAUUUUGUUUUGCUGCUUAAAAUAAUGAAUCAUGGCUUUCUGAUAAGUGUACUGUAUUACACAGUAAUGUUUAUAUACCAAUGUAUGUAAGUUAUUUCAUAUAUAAAAUUUGUUCACAAACACCA